CAGCCAUUCAGGCCAUCACAUCGAUCAGCAGGCCGGCCAGUGACCAGUGACCAGUGUCCAGUGACAUCUGGCUCACACAGCAAUGGCCUCCUCGUGGCUCGCCUUCCUCCUCCCCGUGCUCUGCCUGGGAAUGCUUCAGGCUCUCCCGACCUCCCACGCGGCCCGUGCUUUCUUCGUCUUCGGCGACUCCCUCGUCGACAACGGCAACAACAACUACCUGAUUACCGAGGCCCGGGCCGACACGCCGCCCUACGGCAUCGACACGCCGGACCACCGCGCGACGGGGCGCUUCAGCAACGGCAAGAACGUGCCCGACAUUAUCAGUGAGCACCUCGGCGCAGAGCCCCUGCUGCCGUACCUGAGCCCCGAGCUCGACGGCGACAAGCUGCUCGUCGGUGCCAACUUCGCGUCCGCCGGCGUCGGGAUCCUAAACGACACCGGCAUCCAAUUCGCCAACAUCAUCCACAUCUCGAAGCAGCUGCUGUACUUCGCGCAGUACCAGAGGCGGCUGAGCUCGCUGAUCGGCGCGCAGCAGACGGCGCGGCUGGUGAACGGCGCGCUGGUGCUCAUCACCCUGGGCGGCAACGACUUCGUGAACAACUACUACCUGGUGCCCUACUCCGCGCGCUCGCGCGAGUUCUCGCUGCCGGACUACACCACCUACAUCGUCUCUGAAUACAAGCAGAUCCUCACGAAGCUGUACGAUCUGGGCGCGCGCCGCGUGCUGGUGCAGGGCGUGGGCCCGAUCGGCUGCGUGCCGGCGGAGCUGGCGCUGCACAGCCUGGACGGGAGCUGCGACCCGGAGCUGCAGCGCGCGGCGGCGAUGUACAACCCGCGGCUGAUGGCGAUGCUGGGCGAGCUGAACGCGCAGUUCGGCGACGUGUUCGUGGGCGUGAACACGCAGCGGAUCCACAACGACUUCAUCGACGACCCCAAGGCGUACGGCUUCGCGACGGCCACGGAGGCGUGCUGCGGCCAGGGCCGGUUCAACGGGAUGGGCCUCUGCACCAUGGUCUCCAGACUCUGCAACGACCGCGACGCCUACGUCUUCUGGGACGCGUUCCACCCCACCGAGCGCGCCAACCGGCUCAUCGUCCAGCAGUUCAUGGACGGGUCCAUCGACUACAUCAGCCCCAUGAACCUCAGCACCAUCCUCGCCGUCGACCACGAGAAGAACCAGCAGCUCCGCACAUGAUCAUCCAGUGUCAUAUAUCGUUCGAUCCGCCAGUUACAUCUGCAGCUUCAUGCUUGCAUUGCAAUUUGCAAUUCGCAUGCUUGUUUAUCUCGACUUCUUGAGGGUACUGUCGUCAGUAUGUAGUCCUAUAGUGUCAGGUUCAGAUUCAGUUACUCAGAUGUGAUUUUCUGCUGGUUCUUUACGUGUUGUGGAUGUGUCCGGGUGGUGUUCACCCGAUCAUAGGCUUGUAGAUCUUCUUCUUCUUCUUUUAAUAAGUCAUAGAUAGCUUGUAGAUCAUCUGUCAGCUAGCAAUUCCACUAGCUCGUGUUGUGGUUUUUCUUGAUCUGCAAAAUUAAGCUCGAUCGAUAAUGUUUUCUUCCA